UAGGAGGGUUCAGGAAUCACGUGCCCUGUGCUUGCUUUGCCAGCGUUUUGUUUGACUUGCCUUUGUUUGCGAGAGAUUGUGGGGAUAGAGUGAGUGUCGGUACAUCCUACGGCUGCGAGCUUGGAGGCGGUGUUUGAAGAGGUUGGAGCAAGGGCUUUUAUUGAUCAAGUUUUGAGUGUGACUGUGUUGACGGCCUCACUCUGCCAAGAUGAGCUGGUCUUUCCUAACGCGGCUUCUUGAGGAGAUCCACAACCAUUCCACGUUCGUUGGCAAAAUCUGGCUGACUGUCCUCAUCAUCUUCCGCAUUGUACUGACGGCUGUGGGUGGCGAGGCCAUCUACCAUGAUGAACAGAGCAAAUUCAUGUGUAACACACAGCAGCCCGGCUGUGAGAACGUUUGCUACGAUUCUUUUGCGCCCUUGUCCCACGUCCGGUUUUGGGUCUUCCAGAUCAUCAUAAUCUCGGUGCCGUCCAUCAUGUACCUGGGCUACGCCGUGCACCGGAUAGCUCGGAUGGAGGGAACCCAGGCAAAGCCCAAGAAGAGGAUGCCCAUCGUGCAUCGGGGGGCUGCUCGGGACUAUGAGGAGGCAGAUGGUGACAAUGAGGAGGACCCCAUGGUCUGCGAGGAGAUUGAACACGAACCUGAGCCUGAGCCUGACAAGAAAGCCACUGAGCAGAAGCAGCACGAUGGCAGGAGGCGCAUCAAGGAAGACGGCCUCAUGAAGAUGUAUGUCUUCCAGCUCCUGUUGAGAACGCUCUUUGAAAUGGCUUUCCUGGCUGGCCAGUACUUCCUGUAUGGGUUUGAAGUGCUCCCCGGCUUUAUCUGCAGUAGGAGGCCCUGUCCAUACACCGUUGACUGCUUCGUGUCCCGUCCCACUGAGAAAACCAUCUUCUUGUUGGUCAUGUACGUGGUCAGCUGCCUCUGCUUGUUGCUCAACAUUGCCGAGCUCUUCCACCUUGGCCUGGGUGGCAUCAGAGAUGGUUUGAGGGGCAGACGUCUGGCCUCCCGCACCUCCAAGUGCUCCUCCUACGCCCCUCCAGGCUACCACUCUGUGCUUCGCAAGGACAAGGCCAAGCUGGGCAACGGGAGCGUGCCGUACCGUGACAACCUUGGCGGCCUGGGGCCGGGGAGCUUUGAGAUGUCCGAGGCUGUUCACCGGCACCUGAAGCUUGCCCAGGAGCAGCUGAACAUGGCUUACCGGGCCUCAGGAGAGAUCCCUCACCAGCCGAGAAGCGGCAGCCCAGAGUCGAAUGGCACAGCCGUCGAGCAGAACCGACUGAACUUUGCCCAGGAGAAGGAAGGAGCCUGCUCUGGAAAAGCCGGUCUGCGGGCAUGAUGCUGAUGGAGCAGGCUCUUUGACCUUGUGAUUCGGAGAGAGAAUUGACGCCUUGAAGCAAAAAAAGGGACCUCGACUGGAAAGACUUGCAUUUCAUUUUCACAGUCUUGGCAUUAAUGUUGCCAAUUUGCUAAGACAAAACCACUGGAGAAAGGGCUGGGUUGAA